AUGUGCCACACCAGCUACUCCUCAGGCUGCCAGGCUGCCUGUGUGCCCAGCUCCUGCCAGCCGUCCUACAGCACGUCCAGCCCCUGUCAGGCUGCCUGCGUGCCCAGCUCCUGCCAGCCAUCCUACAGCUCGUCCAGCCCCUGCCAGCCGUCCUGCCUGCCCGUGAGCUACAGGCCAGCCGUGUGUGUGACUCCCUCCUGCCAGCCCUCUGUGCGCCUGCCUGUGAGCUGCAGGCCUGCCCUGCCGACCGUGUAUGUCGCCCCCUCCUGCCAGUCCUCCGGGUGCUACCAGCCCUCCCGCCCCACCCUGGUCUGCAGACCCGUCUCCUGUAGCACCCCUUCCUGCUUGUGA